UACUGAAGGAACUAGAAUUCACAUGCUCGUUCUCUUUUCGCUUGUACGUCCCUUGAGUAGAAACGUGGCUACAGCAUAAUUAAAUCAAAAUGGUUAACUUUACGGUAGACGAAAUUCGUACCAUGAUGGACAAAAAACGGAACAUCCGUAACAUGUCCGUCAUUGCUCACGUCGAUCAUGGAAAAUCAACGCUCACCGAUUCCUUGGUUUCGAAAGCCGGUAUCAUUGCUGGUGCCAAGGCCGGAGAAACACGUUUCACGGAUACCCGUAAGGAUGAACAAGAACGUUGCAUUACCAUCAAGUCGACUGCCAUCUCUAUGUACUUCGAGUUGGAGGAUAAGGAUUUGGUCUUCAUCACGAAUCCCGAUCAACGUAACAAGGACGAGAAAGGUUUCUUGAUCAACUUGAUCGAUUCACCCGGUCACGUUGAUUUCUCCUCCGAAGUAACGGCUGCCUUGCGUGUCACCGAUGGUGCUUUGGUCGUCGUCGAUUGCGUCUCCGGUGUGUGCGUCCAAACUGAGACUGUAUUGCGUCAAGCUAUUGCCGAACGUAUCAAGCCCGUUUUGUUCAUGAACAAGAUGGACCGCGCUUUGCUUGAAUUGCAAUUGGAUCCCGAAGAGUUGUACCAAACUUUCCAACGUAUCGUCGAAAACGUCAACGUUAUCAUUGCCACUUACAACGACGACUCCGGUCCCAUGGGUGAGGUUCGUGUCGAUCCCUCAAAGGGUUCCGUCGGUUUCGGUUCAGGAUUGCACGGAUGGGCUUUCACCCUCAAACAAUUCUCCGAAAUGUACGCCGACAAAUUCAAGAUUGACGUUGUCAAACUAAUGAACCGUUUGUGGGGAGAGAACUUCUUCAAUGCCAAGACCAAGAAAUGGGCAAAGCAAAAGGACGACGACAACAAACGUUCGUUCGUCAUGUACAUCUUAGAUCCCAUCUACAAGGUCUUCGAUGCCAUCAUGAACUACAAGAAGGAGGAGAUCCCCGUCUUGCUAGAGAAAAUUGGCGUUGUCUUGAAGCACGAAGACAAGGAUUUGGAUGGCAAGAAAUUGUUGAAGACCGUCAUGCGUACUUGGUUGCCCGCUGGCGAGGCUUUGCUUCAAAUGAUAGCCAUUCAUCUCCCAUCCCCCGUCGUCGCCCAAAAGUACCGUAUGGAAAUGUUAUACGAAGGGCCCCACGACGAUGAAGCUGCAGUUGCCGUCAAAAAUUGCGAUCCCGAUGGUCCAUUGAUGAUGUACGUCUCAAAAAUGGUACCUACCACUGACAAGGGUCGUUUCUACGCUUUCGGACGUGUCUUCUCUGGCAAAGUUGCCACUGGACAAAAGUGCCGUAUCAUGGGACCCAACUACACUCCCGGAAAGAAGGAAGAUUUGUACGAAAAAGCUAUUCAACGUACCAUCUUGAUGAUGGGUCGUUAUGUUGAAGCCAUCGAAGAUGUUCCAUGCGGUAACAUUUGCGGAUUGGUUGGUGUCGAUCAAUUCUUGGUUAAAACCGGUACCAUUACCACCUUCAAAGAUGCUCACAACAUGAAGGUCAUGAAAUUCUCUGUCUCACCUGUCGUGCGUGUUGCUGUCGAGCCCAAGAACCCCGCUGACUUGCCCAAACUCGUAGAAGGUUUGAAACGUCUCGCCAAGUCAGAUCCUAUGGUCCAAUGUAUCAUUGAAGAGUCUGGCGAGCACAUUAUCGCUGGUGCCGGUGAAUUGCAUUUGGAAAUUUGCUUGAAAGAUUUGGAAGAAGAUCACGCUUGUAUCCCAUUGAAGAAGUCCGAUCCCGUCGUCUCGUACCGUGAAACUGUCUCCGAUGAAUCCGAUCAAAUGUGCUUGUCUAAAUCACCGAAUAAGCACAAUCGUUUGUUCUUGAAAGCCUGUCCCAUGCCUGACGGUUUGCCCGAAGAUAUUGACAACGGAGACGUCUCAGCACGUGACGACUUCAAAGUUCGUGCCCGUUACUUGGCAGAAAAGUACGAAUAUGACGUUACCGAAGCUCGUAAAAUCUGGUGCUUUGGUCCCGAUGGUACUGGACCCAACAUCAUUGUUGAUUGCACAAAGGGUGUCCAAUACUUGAACGAGAUUAAGGACUCUGUCGUUGCUGGUUUCCAAUGGGCCGUCAAAGAAGGUGUCAUGGCUGAAGAAAACAUGCGAGGUGUCCGUUUCAACAUCUACGACGUCACUUUACACGCUGACGCUAUCCAUCGUGGUGGUGGUCAAAUCAUUCCAACAGCUCGUCGUGUCUUGUAUGCCUCAUACAUCACCGCCUCACCACGUAUUAUGGAACCUAUCUACUUGUGUGAAAUCCAGUGUCCCGAAGUUGCUGUUGGUGGUAUAUAUGGUGUAUUGAACAGACGUCGUGGUCAUGUCAUUGAAGAAUGUCAAGUUGCCGGAACACCCAUGUUCGUUGUCAAGGCUUACUUACCUGUAAAUGAAUCAUUUGGAUUUACUGCUGAUUUGAGAUCUAACACCGGUGGACAAGCUUUCCCACAAUGCGUGUUUGACCAUUGGCAAAUCUUCCCCGGAGAUCCAGCUGAGCCACAAAGCAAACCUUAUGCUGUUGUCCAAGAUAUCCGUAAACGUAAGGGUCUUAAAGAAGGAUUGCCAGACUUGUCUCAAUACUUGGAUAAAUUGUAAAUCAUUAAUUACAACGUGGGUGGCGAUCUAAUUGAAUAUCAAACAAUCGCAGCAUAUGAAUAAAAAAUAAAACUUUUUUUUUAUUAUAUAUAAUUUCUAUUUUAAUUUAAACAAAUGAUUAAAAAUGUUUACAUCUGCAUAUUAGCUUAAAAA